CAUCUUUAAAAUACUCUUCAUAACACCAUCUUCAUCAAAUAGGCGAUUCAUCAUAUCAAAUUUUUAUCACCCGCAAGUAGUUGUAAUACAUUGUAACACCACAUACGUAUGUUAUGCCCAUCAUAAAACGCUCGCUGUAACAAUGAAAACCAAAUACUGAGGUUCAAUUGUUUUCGACAUCGAUAAAUCAAUCUUAUGCACACUUUCUCCAGAACUAAACAGAUUUUACAGUACUUAAUGUUAAGCUGUCCAACAAAACCCCCCAAAUCAUAAACCCCUUUCGUAAUACCACUUCAUCCGAGCUGCCGGAAGAAGACGGCCCUGCGCUCUUGAAGCCCGCUACCGUAGUUUCCUUCACUUGCAACGCUCUUCCAAUUUACCACAGGCGUACCGAAUGUUGCUCUCCUAUUGUGCGAAACAUUAUGCCCUUAUAAUCUACCAUGCACCCUACCAAUCGAUCGAUCAAAACUCAAACCACAUGGCCCGUAAGCGUCUUCAUCUUGGGCGGUUAUUUGCGCGUUAGUUGCAUCAUCGUGAAAAUUUUCGCAGUUUCAUAAGUAUCACCUAGCAUCUCGGUCCCAGUGGAAAUGGUACGCCCAGUGCGGGAUCGUUAGGGAUGAUGAUGUUUUGGGAUUUGCUCCAGCCACCCCGUCUUAGCAGGUCCAUGAAUUAUGUUGGAAUAUUAAUGUUUCGUUCACGCUCUGGAUUAAUUUAUCGCAUUUCGAUAUGCGACUUCGGUUGAAUAACUUUAAAGGCUGAAUAUUUAAAGCAGUUUAUUUUAUUGCGAGUUGUAAGUACAACAUUGCCUUAAGUAGGCAGUUGGUCGUUUUUGUUUAUUGAUUCCGUUCCAAUAUAGCAAUAAGAUACAAACGAUAAGAUAACAGCAUCGUAAUUAUGGAUAUUUAUUUUGCAUAAUAAUUUAGAACUGACUGCAAAACCCUGGUACAGCAAAUGUCACACCUCAGCACGAGAAGCUUCCGAUGAUUGCAUCUUGGCAAAUAAACCCGCGGUCAAAAAUUUCUUUUUCCACUCUUCUCUGCAUUACUCGUACAGUUGAUCCAGACCAUUGCUUCACCCCCGACCAUCCUUCCACUUUCAAGGCAAGCACGGUGAAAGUGCUUUCGGCGGAAUGUGAGCAAUAUUACAUCAUCCCCAUAAGUGGGUCGAAAACUGAGCGAGGCGCAAAAAAAACCAAACGGCCAAAGCGAAGCGGACACCGAAAGGGAGAGAAGCGAAAAAAUAAUAAACAGAACGACAACGCAGGGGAAGGAAAAUGCACACUCCGAGAAGCUGUCGGAAAAGCUCGAAGAUCAACCUUACGGUCAAUGUACAGCAACCGGCAAGCCUUCAACCAUCCCGCUCGAGAGUGGCAUCGAUCUCGGAUGGUUGAUUAUGUAUGAGUGCCAUUUGCGCUAGGAAGCAUUAGUGUAGGCUGAUUAUCGGACGGAGUGCAAUCAUCUCCUCCAUCACCCGUGCUUGAUGGCGGCGAAAAGCAAAGAAUCACCAGCAAUAUAACAACCUUCCUCGAUUCGCAGUGUGAAUAUGAUAGUUACGAUUAGUUCCAAAUUCAAAUGUUAUAUUAAAAACCUUUUAUUUAAUUUAAUUAAAAAAUAAGUAACAUGUCCUCGCGUAUACACGCGUUUAAGUCUUUUGUUGAAUAAUUAAGUAAUUAUUUUUUCUUCAGCUUUUUUCUUCAACAAGCGUUGCAAUGUGUUAAAGAUCUACUUUUAAACAACUUAAAGAACAACUUUUAAACUCAUUUUUCGUAAUGCGAACCCCUUUUCCAAAUAUUAGUUCACGUCUUAAAGGUUUUUUUCACACAAACCAAUAAACAUUCUAGGUUGAUUAUUCCCUUCGCACCAUAAACAUUACUUAAGGGGGGUUCGUCUCUAAGCAGCUUAACCCGGCUCGGAUCCCGAGCGAGUGUUUAUCACGACCAUUAUCUACCGAUUUUGUUGUUUCAAUUCCAUUUUAAAGGCGCUACUGUACCAACAUUUUGUGACCGGCAACCGAAACUUCCCGAAGUCACUAGCGCGUCAUUAUGAAGCACAAAAUCUUUCUAAGCUUAAAUCACAAUCACAUUCCAGCUAGUUGCAAGACAAAUUCACCUCUAAGCCCAGCAAUAUUAUCCAGGAUAGGGGGGCGAGCUAAGAACAACCGGAUAUUAACCUGACAUAAAGCCGCCCAAAACACAAACUAGUACCCAAAAGUACCUUCACCCUUAAACGGUGGAUAACACGGGGAUGGUAAAGAAAAAAACUCAAACCCAGGUGAGUGCUUAGUCCGCACGUCCGAAGAUUAUGUCGGUCGGUGUCGCUCGUCAGGCUAAUGUUUACUACCACAGAGGAUCGACCCGGCAAACGAUCGUUAGGUCGCCAGUGCGUCGUCACUCGUACCACGAUGUAACAUUCCGCCAGGUGGGGCCUCCUUUCUUUUGCUGCUGCUCCUUCAUUGCUUCUAGCGGAGAACAUACAAACCGCACCACACCGUCUCCGUUCCCACUCGGCAAACUAACAAACGAUCUGUUCAUGCCGCUCAUACUCUCACUUUCAGCGGGCACAGUGUUGCGCUUUUUAUACUUCUUUUACUCUCACUCUCGAACGCUGCGACAACAACGGUGCCACCGUCACCCCCAUCGGGAACCAUUAAGCGGGACUAUGCACGCUCAACCAGCCGAACUCCGGUAAGCAAACCUGCCGCGCAUUAUUACAAACCCUCCGCUUGCUCGAACUCGGUGGAUCGAGCGAAGACCUGGGGUAAAAGAUGCAAGACAUACAACCCAUUUGUCCCCCCUACUCUGCAGCCAGUGUUGAGCAUAUGGGGGCCUUUUCAGGUGGUUUUUGGUGUAAAAUUUUCAUUAGUCUUACUCCUGAACUCGGACCCGCAAGACGUGCACGAGUCGUGUUCGUGCGUGCGUGCGUACGUACGUGAGUGCUUCGCACCAAAAAAACCGUGGUUUUUCCCAACCGCUUCGUCAGCUGUGCACCAUUCACAGCGGGAGAAUUUUAAAUAAACACAGUGAAAUCAAGUGUGCAAAUGAAAUGCCGUCCUGCUGUGCAAAUUACCCACAGAAGACAAACUGCAUCAGUUGAAAAAAAUCAGUUCGUCUCAUACAAAGAAACCCGUGCAACGAUUACUGACGUCAGCUGUUACGUUUGUGACUGUUGCAAACUAACUUUGCAUCUCGAGUGUGUCCUUCAGCAGCUUAUCGCGUGUACGAGUUACCAACCAAAAAAAAACAGUUCCACCCUUUCGCAAAGCAAGCGAAGGAAGAAAGUGUUAUAGAAAACGAAAGUACUGCGGAUUGACAUAGCAGAGGAAGUGGUCGUACAUUUUUGUGUCGCCUGAUGAGAACAAAGUGAGAUCAGUUGAGAUAAAAGUGACAAUUGUAUCCGAAAUUCUAACAGCAAACUCGAGCGGCAGCAAAGCAACUCGCCAAAUUCGGGCGUUUCUUACAAUGGAUGAUGAAAAAUUAAGGCAGCUUUGGAUCAUUUUUCAAAUGUAAGUAUGUCGUAUAUGUCCUAUAAGAAAAUCCAAGAGCAACAAGUUCGUUGAACGCAUCUAGCAAAACAAAAAAAAGGGAUAAAACAACACUUUGAACUCGCGUACAGCAUCCUGCAAUGCCGGCCAAUGUCAUUCGAUGAGGCAACCAACAGAAAAAAAGCACCCAAAAUAAGGCGUACCUUUCCCCGUCAGAUAGACGUAAUCAGUAAGAUACAUUGACUGACUACCGCCGGCUAGUAGCUGUUCGACUGACACACUUUACGUUCAGGUUUUCGCCGUUUGUCAUUUCCACGACUGAUGGGGCUCGAUAUUGCGCUGAUGCAUCUCGCACCCUGUGUUCCCCUUUUUUUGUUGCCUCAAGAUUCCGAUAAACGAACCAAAGGCCAAACCCCAGCGCGCGUGAGUGUGACCACCCCAACAAUAAACAAAAAAAAAAGAAACAUAAAGCAAAGAAAACAUCACACUACCCCCGGGGAAGCGCACCGGGCAGACACAUUCAAAACCAUCGAAUUGUGCGCAACCUUCGCGGUUAUGCAAGGCGUGUGUGGCAUGCGCUCGCAACAGUAUUAUCGGCCAUUAUAUCACUUCAGUGAACUUCAACUCCUCUACUGCCCGUAACUCCCACUCUCUCUCUCGUGUCCUCCGCCGGUGACGAUCCUGCGCUCGCAGGGCACAAUAAUCUGGUUUGUGUUUGGGAAGGAAAUUAGGUCCAAUAAAACGUGAUAAUGGACCAGAUAGCAUCGGGAAAUAUGGAUUUCAGAGGCGAUGUUUGGUUGCUUUUGCAUCAUCUGUCUAACCAAAAGCAUCUAGCAAUGGCAUGAAGUACGGUCACAACUUCCCUCCAUGCGUAAUCGUGACAGACACAAAGUAAACAACUGUUACAACAAAGCACAGCUGUUUCAUCGUGAUCGAUUCGUGACACAUUCACGGUGCAAAAAUGUGUUUUUUUUAUGAUGAUGGCGAUGAGCGUUUUUAUAUGUGCUUGUCCGUCUGUGCCAUUCGUUUCACUUUUUCGAUUUUCAAGGUUAUACCUGUUUUCUUUCGGCACUACCAAGGCAUCCACCACGUGCAAAACAUACCUCCUGCGGGCAAAAAUUCACAUAAAAUGCAUCAAAUUGAAAUGAUUCCAAUCGUUGCGCGACGAUCUUCCCGUAAAACCCGGGGGAGGUAGUAGCAGGGAAGAAAAUGAAAGGAAAACCAAAAACAAAAAUGCUUGACCUAAUUUCGGUACCAUCCAACCGGAGCCGGUUUGAGCAGUUGUUUGGCAUUGUUUUGCACACUUUUCACUAAAUCUUGCACGAUCACAUUCAAACGUUGACCGUAUACGAUCGCUUCAUCUCGUCUGCGCUUUGUAGUUAAGCCGGGCUGACCAUCACGCUUACGCGUCGGAUUCCAUUUUAGCCCGACCGAAUUAAGUUGCGGGUUCGAGACGAAUGCGAGUUGAAUGCGAUCGAACUGCAUUACGUAAGACCAAUCUCGAUCCAGCUGCAAGAAGUUGCUAUCGUGGAAACCACUGCACCGGAACGUAUAGAUGUUGCAACAGGUUACGAUAAAAGAAGGUCGAACUUAUCGCACAGAAACGUAGCGCAUUUCAAACCAAAACAAAAAAACAGAACAGAAAGCAUAAAUGGUCACAUUAAACGUUGAACUGGGUGUAGAUAAUUUUGUUUUUUUUAUGUCUAUGAAAUUUACUGCUGGGGUCGUAAUAAUCACCCACCUAAUGGAAAUAAAUAUUGGAAAAGAAAUUAUGCUUCAUUUAAGUGUGCGACGUAAUAACUGGUAAACUGAGCGAACAGAUCGAAUACAAUCAGCAUUCAGUCGUACUGAAAAUUGAUACAAAACGGAAGCUAAAUCGAGUGAUAAAUCUAAACCAUCACGAGCGAAAGGUGAGAGAAACACAAACGUCAAAUGAGCGAUCAGCGAACCUUCGCGAAAGGUUAAAUUACCAGCUGCCACUGGAUGGAUGUAUCACGUUACGAUGCGUCCUUUCUUACCGGUGCUUACUAUCAUCACACACACCCACCGGCGCCAUCGCGGUAAUGUUUUUAACAACAAUUACAUUGCAACCGAAACCACCCUUGCGCUUGUUUUGCUCCACUCCCCAUACGGGUGAAAGGCGCAUCGCCGACCGCUAGUCAACCAACCACUCGAUGCGAUAAAUGAUGAUACAUAAGAGUGCCAUUAUUUCAUGGUUUUCUAGUUUUUGCGUCACCGAAAACGCGAUCAACAUGCACGUAUAGCAUAACGUAUGCACCCGAAACAGGAUGCGUCAAUGCGAAGGUGUAGUACAACGUUGUACAAGGGCCAAACACGCUCAUGAAACGAACCGUAUGGGACUAGCGUUUUCAGUGGUUUUGUUGCUACGAAUGGCAAGAUGCUAAUCACACUAGGAAAUGUGAUAUUUUAAGUAGACUUGCGGAUUAGAAAUUGCUCGAAUUUCAAACAAAUUUCAAAUUUAAUUUAAAUGAGGAAAAGUGUAGGUAAAUUCAAAUUAAAAAUUCUUCAAUAUUUUUAAUUUGAAAUCAUUAAAAUAAUGAAAAUAAUUCAUUAUUAACAAGUAAAUAAGCAACGUUAGGUGCCACUUUAGUAAAACAACUAGCUCUAAACUACUGCCUAACCGAUGAUGCUAUUGCAUAAUCAUUUUCAUUUAAGAAGAUGCCGAAAGUCGAAAAAAAACCAAAACAAAUGGUAAAAUAAAAACAUCCACAAGCAAACCAUUAAACAUCAAAUGAAAGUGUUGACCAACGUGUGUGUACGUGCGAAAUGACAGCAAGAAACAAAAUAAGCAAACAAAAACAGCAACACAGAAAAAAACGCAACAACAACAGCAAAUCGUCUGAAAAUAACACCAAAGCACAGCCAAUUUAUGAGAUGAAAAUUGCUGCACCAUAUUCUCUCCUUCCUCCAUCUUUUACCUCCUUUGAACCAAUCCUAUUUCAAUUUUGCUUCCGGGUUUUUGGUACAGUGCCACUUUUUGUUUGCGCGGGAACGGAAAACGAAAACGUACUUACUUCCCAUGCCCAUUUUUCGUCCCGAUCGGUUUACUUUUCCCGGGUUCAUCAAACCCCCCGGCGGUGCUCUCCAGUGCGCGGGCCAGCAGUUAAACGUAUGUACACCAUUUCCCACCAUUUUCCACCCGACACAGGCCCGACACAGAAUGUCCACAAAACAAAUGCUCUCAAUUUGCAACAACGAGUUGCGCGCGAAUAGGUGAAUAUGUAUGCACUUUAGCUGUUUCUCAUGCGCAUAAACUCGAUAUCAUCGCUUUUAUGACGUCUUAAUAGGAUCAGUUAGGGCAGGAUUUACACUCUGCCGGCUAUCUUUGUAUCAGUGCACACACAAUGAAGUUACCUGUUAUCCUGAUGGAAAGUGAUGAUCAAUUGAAAUAGCGAAUGUGUUUAAUGAGGUGAAAGUCGCUUUAUAUAUCCAUACGACAACUACACAAUAUUAUCAAUUGAAAACUGCUCUACACUACGAAGUCUUUACGAAAUAAAACUUGAGUUGAUAACUUAUUUUACUAUUUUUUUUUAACAGAAGCAAAGAUCAUCAACCCACAAUUUCAAUAUCACGUUAGCACGAAAUCCUUGAUGAGUAUGCAUGUUCGCAUAGGAAAUUACUAAUACCGUAACGCUUAAUCAUUCUCCAAGGCUUAAUCAUUCUUCAAGUUAACACACAAACGCCAAAUCUAUUUAACAAAGCUCGUGAAAACACGUCAUACUUUUUGCAACUAAAAACCGGAAAUAUGACGAUGUUGUUAAUCGUUUGUUUGACAGCUUGAAUUGAUUCUUUUGACAUCCUGACUCCACAGUGACACUGUUAACAUAAAGCGAAAUUACACUAACUAUGCCGAUGUGUUUGUAUGAUUUUCAUCUAUUUUUGUACAACCGGACCCAUGUGCUGGUGGCAGAAGUUAUCGGCUCACCCUUUUUCCUUACUACAGCAAUCAGGUUAUUCCGGUGAAUUCAAAGUGGCGCCUAGCACCAAGCUCCAACUCCCGCCCGUUAGCUGAGACAUGGGUGAGAGCACUCCCGGACAUUACCUCAAGGCUUCUUCAUCCAAUUUCUCACCUCUUACACAAAUGCUGUCACCUCAUUUGCUUGCCACCAUACCCGUUCCUUCCCGCAGGAACACGUAAGGUGAUGCCAUAUCCCUAGUAUCGCCUACCCCAGGCAUCUCUCCCAUGAAAAUCUCGAUGCAUUCAUAGCGCUGCAUCUCAGCAAGGCUACCCCGGGAGUACGGGUCCUGGCUGCAAGCGUGCGAGUGCUUGAACAACUUUUACUUUCCAUUGGCAUCAUUUGACUGAUACACAGUCUGCCCCCAACUCACUAACACGUUGACCGAUUCUGGUUGGGUUCGUAAUCCCUCGACAACGGUGGCAACUAUACUUAAGUAGCAAGCUUUAUCCAGCGACACACACCACAAACACACAUGGGCACAGUACUGUUUUCCCCAGUGCGAUGCUUCGGAAGUUGUCUGUGGCCCAGAUUGUCAACCGGAAUCGGGCACAUCUUCUCUCGCAAGCGGAAUGAUGAGGAUGAUGAUGAUGAUGCAACCAUCAGCUUUGUUAAAAUGCAUUGUUUCGAGCCGUAAGUUGCCACUUAGUUGUCGACGAACGACGAUCAACGGUUGACCCGAUCGUGGCAUCAUGAUGCGAUGUGACGUGACGAUGAUUUAACGCGUAUCACGCUUCCCGUCAAUCUAACAAAACCGACAAUGCCACGCCUACGGGUUAAACGACCAACGAAGUUGAACAAUCAUUUGUUUUGAGACACUGUAACCCCAAGACAUACACGUAUUGCCUUAAUAAUGCCCGUGGAGAAAAUCCUCUCAAAAUGUGUAUUUUUAAGCAACACAAUCAAUUUGAAAUAUUUCACAAAAAUGUAUCCAUGAAUCGUUUUACAAUUGAAAAUAUUAUCUCUUGGAUAGUAAGGUCAUGCUUUCUAGUACAUUAAAGCUUUAAAUUCAAACACCGAACUCUCAACAGAGUGGAAAUGCAUUUCCCUGCAGCAUUUUGCAGCGCGGAAAUGAAAUGAAAACACAUUAAUCAUAAAUCAUAAUGCAAACAACUGACUGCGGCUGAUGCUGACAAGCGAAUUUCUAGCGUGCUACUACACACAACAAAGCAAAAGCGAUCAAUCGUUGCAUCGUGUGUAUUACGUUGAAUCCUACUACCAAACAUGAUGCAAAAUGCAAAUGUACUUUCGGCAUGCAAAUUAAUUUCUGGAAAAAUGUUCAACAUCUCGCAAAUGUAUACCGUUUUUGUAUUUGCUGCAGUUGAUACAGUCGUGAUUGAUUGACAAAACUUAUCAUUAAUAAACUCGCUUUUUCCCUUUAUCGCCCCGAAGGAAGUAAUGUAAUCCAUUCAGCGCGAAAUUAUGCUGAUACCAUUUACACCACACACACAGCUGCUUAUGCUAAAUGUUUGUGUAUUGCGCCGUUUCCCUUUUCCUAUGUCUGAUACCCGUGCUGUUCUACUGCAUCGUCGUAAAACAUUGUAUGGCUUUCACGCUUUUCAACAAAGUACUGCCGAAUAGCACGAGGUAGAAAAUGUCAAACGAGGAAAGGUUAUAUGCUAUGCGCUUCCGUAAUCAUCACUGUAAGCCAUUGUUAACCGGCGUUUUGUUGGUCCCAAAAUAAACCCUUUCAGGUGACGUGUAGCAUCAACAUUUUCCCUCAAUUAUACACCUCCACUUCUUCACUUCUAUGUUUUUAUUUUCUAUGUACUAUGUUCACGCUAAUUUUCGUGACCAACAACGGGAGACCUUGCCGUGCCUGACUCGAUGCGACAGAACUACCACCACCUCGGGAUUGACAUUCAAGGCAGACGAACCAAAUGUUGUUAGCAUGCUUGCUUUGAAGCUACAUUUGCAAACCGAAGGUGAAUGGCCUUGCGUGAUGAAAAAUCUUGUGCAUAAACCAGGACACACGAUGAAAAUUGAGCUUCAAGGAUUUGAACCAAUUUCGAGUUCGCCUCUAAUGGACAGUUUUGUACCGCUGAAGUUGUGUCUUGAUGUUAUUGGUUGGUAUUAGCAAUAUUAGUUAGUAAUAGACAGGAAAACAUAUUUUUAGUUUUAUACAAAAUCCACCUUUACCAUUAAUUUAAAAAUAAUAUCCGACGCUUUUUUCAUUCGUUUGUGGUGCGUCAUAAACAUACCUUUACAUAUAACCGCCUGAAAGUAUGCAACCACGCACAACACGCUUUACAAAAUGCUCAUACUGGUCGGAUAAUCUCCAUUGCAACUCUGUCCACGUACGAUUUACAUUUACGAUUCAACGACUACGCUGUCGUUUUAGCUUUGACUAGUGGUCGUACAUUAAAUACACAAGAAGCGCUUGUUUACAACCGGACCAACAGGUAUUAUUAUGAAUUAUUGUACUGGUACCUACAAUCUGGAAGGGGUCUACCAUAGUCUUCCACCAGUAAGCCACACCUUGCUUCGUGUGAGAAAAGGACAUCGGAAUGACGAAAAUUACAACUUCUAGACAUACCUGGAAAGAUAAAGAAAACAAGAAUGGAAAAUACGUUAAUAAUAUUGCACUGCUUACAACCUUCACUGUAGCGACAGCAACUCAGCAUAUAUCUGUACUAGUUUAGUGUUUUAACAAGUUCAUAAAAUGUCUGUAUUUAGUCCCAUCGACGACUCUUCGAUGCGUGCAAUACCUGACACCGGCACUUAAUAUUGGUUUGCUUUGUGUUCCAUUCCAGGUGAUCGAUCGACUUGCAGCGUGCGCGAGAUAAAAAUAAACGUCAACAGAGAACUGCCACCCCCACCGCCUAGUGUAUGCAUGCUUGAUCUCGGCAACUUCACACCGUGUCCGGGCAACUAAUCGGGUUGCGGAAAGCAGUUCUGGUGGCGGUGCUUUAAGCUAUGUUUCGAUGCACCGUUUUAUACGGCAAGCCGGAGCAGAUCUUACAACACGCAACCGCGCGUCACUGGCGCAAAUAUCCGAAUUCUUGAUAAGCGACACCGAUACAACGACAAGCCACCGUUAGCUGCCAGGUGAACCCGUUACCGGUUUCACGAUUUAGUAGUAGAGUAUCAACUAAGCGCAUUGCACACCGCUCAACAGUGACCGAAGGAGUAACAGCAACACAAGUAAAUAUGGUAUUCAAUGUACUGAUAGCAUCGUCUGUGAUCAAAACGGCCACCGUCGUUGGUUCUAGUCUGUGGCUCAUCCCAUUUCUUCUGGGAGCCAUCUCCUACUAUCGCUACGAUCGCGUCGAUCCGGAGUCGCGCGUCAUCAACCAGGAAGCGUUACUGCCGGAAUAUGAUUUCGUUGUCGUUGGCGGAGGUUCGGCCGGUGCCGUUGUGGCAAACCGACUAACAGAAAUCCACCGUUGGAAGGUACUGCUGCUGGAAGCCGGACCGGAUGAGAACGAAAUUUCCGAUGUGCCGUCGUUGGCAGGGUACUUGCAACUCAGCAAGCUCGACUGGGCGUAUAAGACGGAACCCACGAAUAAGGCGUGUCUGGGCAUGGUAAACAAUCGCUGUAACUGGCCGCGUGGCAAGGUACUUGGCGGAUCUUCCGUGCUUAACUACAUGAUCUACGUGCGCGGCAACCGGAACGACUUCAACCACUGGGAAUCGCUAGGUAAUCCCGGCUGGGCGUACGAUGAUGUCCUCCAGUUUUUUGUAAAAUCCGAAGACAACCGUAACCCAUAUUUGGCCCGCAAUCCGUACCAUGGACAGGGUGGAUUGUUGACCAUACAGGAGGCACCCUGGCAUACACCGCUAGUGGCCGCGUUUGUGGAAGCUGGCACAGAGAUCGGGUACGAAAACCGUGACAUUAACGGGGAACGACAAACCGGCUUCAUGAUAGCGCAGGGUACAAUUCGGCGAGGUAGCCGCUGUUCGACCGCCAAAGCCUUCCUACGUCCGAUUCGGUUACGCAAGAAUCUGCACAUUGCGAUGAACUCACACGUCACAAAGCUGGUCAUCGAUCAGGAAACGAAGCAUGCGGUCGGUGUAGAAUUCAUCCGUGGCGGUAAGCGCCACUAUGUGCGUGCCCGGAAGGAAAUUAUUAUGUCGGCCGGCUCGAUCAACACACCGCAGAUACUGAUGCUUUCCGGCAUUGGACCACGGGCACAUCUUGAGGAUGUGGGCAUUACGACUAUUCAAGAUUUGCCGGUGGGCGAAAAUCUCCAAGAUCACGUCGGCAUGGGUGGAUUAACGUUCCUGGUGGACAAACCCGUAGCGAUUCUGCAGAACCGCCUCGAAGCGGGCUCGGUCACGAUGAACUAUGUGAUUAACGAGCGCGGCCCAAUGACCAUACUAGGUGGACUGGAGGGCAUCGCGUUCGUCAACACGCCCUUCGCUAACGUCACUGAUGAUUGGCCCGACGUACAGUUUCAUAUGGCACCGGCUUCACUGAACUCUGAUGGUGGUGCUCGUGUCAAGAAGAUACUUGGUCUACGGGAGGACCUUUACAAAGAAGUAUUCCACCCGAUCGAAGAUACGUACAGCUGGACGAUUAUGCCACUGUUGCUGCGACCACGAUCCCGCGGUUGGGUACGUCUCAAGUCAAAGAAUCCUUUCCACUAUCCGCUCAUGAACCCGAACUACUUUGAGGAUCCGUACGACGCGGCCACACUCGUCGAGGGUGCGAAAAUAGCACUGAGAGUUGGCGAUGCCAAGGUGUUCAAGCAGUUUGGUAAUCGCCUCUACCGUAAACCACUGCCGAACUGUAAGCACCACAAGUUCCUAUCAGACGAAUAUCUUGACUGUCAGGUGCGUACGAUAUCGAUGACGAUCUAUCAUCCGGUCGGUACGGCCAAGAUGGGACCGCACUGGGAUCCAGGCGCAGUAGUUGAUCCACGGUUGCGCGUAUAUGGCAUAUCCGGGUUGAGGGUGAUCGACGCCAGCAUCAUGCCGACCAUCGUCAGCGGUAACACGAACGCGGCCGUCAUCAUGAUCGGUGAGAAGGGUGCACACAUGAUUAAGGAAGAUUGGCUUGGGCACGAUCGAUGAGAUCGCGCUGCAACAGCUGUGACCAAUAAACAACCCUGUGCCAUUCCAAAGUCCGGAGCAUUCUUCUAGCCAGCAUCAUCAGCACCCCGAAAAAGCUCCUCUAACUGAUUCUAAUAGGCCAGAGAAUAUCCCACCCCAUUUCUGACGUGCGUUGCCGCGUUAUCCCUUUUUUUGUAGAUAGAAAUACCUCCUGCGAGUGUGCGUUGUACCAAGCGAAACCUUAGUCCGAUAGCUAUUACUGUAGUUAGGCAAGCGUUGUUGUGUGCGUGCUAUUACGCUUUGUUUUUGUCGUAUUGUAUAUAAUAAUUAAAUAAAUAUUACCUCAAUUGGAAGACAA